AUGGAACAGCCUGAUCUCUCUGCAAACACUGUGAUUGAUCAACCUCGAGCUCUCACUGAUAAAACAACCCUAAUCCGUGACGCGGGUCCUUCCAAAUUCCAGGUGAUUGCAGACUUUGAUGGGACUUUAACGAGAUACCGAGUCAAUGGACUUCGAGGCCAGAGCAGUCAUGGCAUCUUGCAGCAAGGAAACGCAGAUUUCGAUGCUAAGAGGGAAGCAUUGUAUGAACACUAUCAUCCUCUUGAGUUCUCUCCUGUCAUUCCCCUUGAAGAAAAAACCAUACUCAUGGAAGAAUGGUGGAGUAAAACUCAUGAUCUUCUAAUUGAGGGAGGUUUAACAUAUGAUGCUAUCAAGGAUUCUGUUUCUAAUUCUUCCAUAGCUUUUAGAGAUGGUGUGGCUGAACUGUUUGAGUUUUUGGAGGAAAAGGAGAUCCCAGUUUUGAUUUUUUCAGCAGGACUUGAUGAUGUUAUUGAAGAGGUUUUGAGGCAGAAACUUCAUAGAACAUUCAAGAAUGUAAAGAUUGUGUCCAACAGGAUGGUGUUUGAUAAUGAUGGACGACUUGUGUCUUUUAAAGGAAAGCUGAUUCAUGUGCUGAACAAGAACGAACACGCUUUAGACAUGGCUGCUCCACUUCACGACCGACUUGGUGCUGACAACGGUGAGAAGGUUGAAGAGAAUGCGUACGUGAAACAAAGAACAAACGUUUUGCUUCUUGGAGAUCAUAUGGGGGAUCUUAGGAUGUCUGAUGGUUUGAACUACGAGACUCGGAUAUCUAUUGGAUUUCUGAAUGAUAACAUUGAAAAGAGUCUUGAAAGCUACCGCAAGGCCUUUGAUAUCGUUUAUCUUAAUGAUGCACCUAUGUGGGGAGCUCUGGAGCUUGUUUCUCAGUUUUUUCCAACAGAAGAAAGUUAA